AUGGCUUGCAUCCCUUUCUUCAGACUCACAUCUGUACAAAAUGGCGUUCAAAUCGUACAAGUUAAGGCCCAAAGAUGCUUCAAUUGCACCUUCUUUGACGUACUUAUCCAAGUUCUCGUUUGCUGUGGGAAUUUUAGUAGAAAAGACAGCGAUGGAUCCUGGUUCAAAGCUUCCAUCUGUCUUGAUCACAUAGCCAGAUUCAUUACGGAUGAUUUCGGGAGAUUCAAGGUCAAUGAGCUUCGUAGGAAUGCCUGUUAUUCUUUUGUCGUCACGCGAAUAUUCGCCUGUUUUCUCCAAUCUGUAACCAAACUCGUACUUGAUCUCAGUUCCUUUCAAAUCGACAGGAGACAAUAUUUGCUCUCCUUCAUGCCCAUUGAACUUACUCCUUGCAAUCAAAAACCAACCUUCACCGGUUCUAGUGUUGUACCGCUGAAUUGUUAUGUACUGGCCCUCGUGAUGCACAUACAUCUCCUGUUCAGCGUAGGCAUCAGUGCUUUCCAGAGCAAGUUUGUUUCUAACUUCAUUCAACUUCAUUUUUGCUUUGGCAAUUCCAAUAUUAUCAUCAUAAGCAUAUUGUCUCUUCUCUCCCACAACAUCGAGAAGUUCGGGAUAAGUCUCGUCGAAACCGAAGACAGUGCCGAUAGCUGA